CAAAACACAGAGUGGAGAUCGAGGCAGUGGGCCAAGUCAGAAUCCACCGAAACAGCUUGGUGAGGAAACCUGCUCUAAAAGAGAAUAUUGGACCAAUUAGUAAGAAAUUGAUCUGCAUGGCUGCAACAAGAUUUUGGGGAGUGCUGGACUGCAUUUGCAGAAUCCUGGGGAUUAUAACUGCUGCAGUUCUUCUCGGAGUGGGGAUAGACACUGCAGUUCAAGGGCAGUUCAUGAAACUGGCUGCUUAUCUGCUAUUUGCUGCCACAGUCCUCAUCAUUUUGGAAAGCCCGUAUUUCAUUGGCAUUGUGUUCGUCCAAAACUGUCCCAUAUUCUUUGAUAAAAUGGACAGCAAGAUUUGGAAUCUCUGGAAGAAGGCAAUGAGGCCGAAUGGUUUACAGAAGUUUCUUAUUUUCAUCUUUCUGUCUGUGGCUUGCUUCUUACACCCAAUUCUUAUUUGGCAUGCAACUAUCCCAGGCGCCAUGUUGAUAGUGAGUGGUCUUGCCUACUUUUUUUUGAACCUGAGAAAACGGUAUCAAAAGAACAUGCCGGAGGUGGCAAACAUACAGGUAUGUUCCCCGGACUACAUCAACGCCGUGACCCUGACAGAUGCUGGGCAGAUGGAACAAACCUACCGCUUCCAUCAUGGCACCACAGAGAAGAAAUUAGCUGGCGUCAGCUACAUGUGUAACAUCUUUCGAUUCAACAGCAAAAGGCCACUGUCCAAUGAAAGUGUACGGACACUUCAAGAAAGCACUUUUGGCAACCUGAGCAUACAUCUGAAGAACAAACACGCACCGUUUCUGGAAAGUUCUGUUAAAAUUAUCCCAUCUGAGCCUAAUAGCCUGGAAGAGCAUGAAUUGGAAACAGAAGAAACCACCUUUGACAAAGCAGCAAUAAUACCAAAGUGAGGGUUUAUUCCACACUAUUGGUGUGUAUUCACAUUCCAAAACACGGACAUCAACAUUUUUAUGACUGCAAAGUAUCUGCCGAAAGAAAGCUUUGUUUUCCUGUAGAGCCUUUCACAUAUCCACGAUAGCUGCAAAUGAUUCACAUUUUGAAAUGUCGUCACUGCUGUUUUGAUGCCAAACACUGCCAUAUGUGCACAGCAAACUCCCACAAUAAGACAAGUCAGCAGUUGGCCUUCUUUUGGUUGUGUUCUUUGGACGAUCAGUGGCCAGAUCACCAUGAGCAAAGGCACCACUUUAUAUUUGACUGGACCAUCUUGGGGCUUCAGAUUAAUGCCUUACUUGAUAGGCUUUGACAAUGCAACGUCCCCUCAAUACUGCAGCCAAAUUCAGGAGUAGGGUUUGAAGGACUACCUUUUGACUCUGGAUGGCAUUGACACUUGUAACCAAUGGCACUGGAUAUUUAUUUGUAUAAACAAGACUGUGUGAUUCACCAGGGACUUGAAGGUUGCAUCCCAGCAGUGGGGUCCGGGGUGCAAUAGAGAAUGGUGCCUAGUGAAAGCAAAGUAACUCUCUAUGGGACGGGGAGUGUCAGAGCAAGAUUAUAAACCUGUAGAAGUAAUUCUGUGCUCAUGUGACAGUUUUAGAUUAGCAAUGCAUUCAUGCAAUAUAUUCACACAGUGCAACUGCGAAGACAGACAAAGGGAUUUCACAAUCACUGAGAUACAGACUAAAAGGGCAGUAAUUGUCACAAUCUGGAGUGAAGUCAUAAGCACAUGACUGUUAAAUGCAUUUACAAU